UAAAAAAAGAUUCUCUAAAAUCUCUCUCUCUCUCCUCCCUGUUCAUCCGGUUGUGAAGGAAGGGAGAGGACCAAGGGACCAACUGACCAAAGAGAGACUCUGGUUUCUGCGUUACUGAAGCUAAGCUCUACGAUCUCUUAUCCUUAUUCCGUCUUCGAAAUGGCGAAGUUGAAGACGGACUCUCCCAUCUCUCGUCGCAUCGUGCUUGCGUUUCUGGAUUUCUUGAAGUCAGUUGAACCGACACCUGGUGUUGAUGUUGAAGCACUUGAGGUUGCUACAGAGUGUUUGGAGGAGGUUUUUAAGCCCAGUCAAUCUUCUGUUGAUGAUCGGAUAGAACCAGAUUUCUUGGUUACUUUAUUCCAUUCACUGGAUAAAAAGAAACAUGUAACCAAAUCAGAGCUGGGUCAUGGAGAAGUCUCAUUAGACAUGGACACACCAAGCACAUCUUCAUCACCGAAUGCUGUUGAUGGAAGUACUGCAGAGGCACUAAAACCACUAAGUGAGAGUUGGAACAGAGAACAAUCUUCAGGGGUAUCAAAAGAUGAUCUUUUUGGCCAAUUCAUUAGUGCGCUUGAGAAACUUGACUUCUUUAAGACCAGAUCUGAUGGGAAGGAUGACCAGGCCUGCCUGGAUAAAGCAUCGAAUUUGUUUCAUGGUGCUCUUCAGGAAAUUGAAAGAUCUGGAUGCCAGACAAUAAAUCAGAAGAACUUGGCAGAGAUGCUCAAAUCCCGAGGUAAUAGGGCUAUGCAGUCCAAGUUAUACUCAGAUGCCAUUGAGUUGUAUACUUGUGCCAUCGCACUUUGUCAGAAUAAUGCUGUGUAUUACUGUAACAGGGCAGCUGCUUACACACACAUCAAAAAAUGUACUGAAGCAAUCGGGGAUUGUCUAAAAUCCAUUGAAAUUGACCCAACUUACAUCAAGGCAUACAGUCGCCUGGGCCUGGCUUACUAUGCACAAGGGAAUUACAAUGAUGCUAUCAACAAAGGAUUUAAGAAAGCCUUACAACUGGAUCCAAAUAAUGAUUCCAUCAAAGAAAAUAUCCGGGUGGCUGAACAAAAGUUAAAUGAAGAGAUGCAAAGGACAUUUCAUGAGCAGGCUAACGGUUCAACAUGGCAUUAUCAACAGGGUUCAUGGAACCAUGGCCCACCACCUGAUCAACAACAGUCAAUGAACCAUGGGCCGCCUCCAACAUUCACAGCUCCGGCUUUUGAUCCUGCUAAUUUGGCUAGUAUGCUCAUGAACUUAGCUGCAAAUGCAUACCAGGGGCAGAACCAGCAGGCUCAAAACAAUCCACAUGAUGCAAGUGGCAGGGAGGACCAGGAAGGGAUGGAUGAACCAGGAAUAAGAAUAGACGGAAACAUUACUCUGAAUUUUCAAGAGGAGUUACCUGAGGAGUUAUCAGGGGCCUGGAGUAAUGUCAUGGAUGCGUUAUCGGGAGCAACAAGGCAUGAUCGUACACAAGGCAACAUGAAUGAUGGAUCAGCACCAAACUGAUACAUUAGAAUACACAAUUAUGCACUGUGCAGAACUAGAUCGACGAUAAAUAUUAUUAUACUUUUCAUUUGUUGAUAUUCCCCAUCCCCUGUUUUAGUAAUCAAUAUUGAUAGGGUCAACCUUUCAGGAGAUGGACAUAAACACUCUCAGGUAGUCCAUGGUUGGUGAUCAACAGGUCUUGCCCGAAAUGUUUUAAUAGACUUAUGAAC